CCACGUCGUAGGUAGCACCGAGGCAGCCUCUUAGAUUUGGGAUUCGGAAGCCCUCCCCUCUAGACGAAAGGCCUUUUUCUUCCCUGCUUCCCCUGACGAUCGCCCCAGAAUCCCCGCCUCACCACAUUUGCCUUGCUUGCUUUGUGUGCUGAGAACCUUGAAGAGAGUGCAGUAAAAAUAAUGUGGAACUUUGAACUAGAUCAGACCCCAGAAGGUCCUGAUGUACCGCAACUUGUCUUAAACUGUCAGAAUCUCAGCGCAGUCCUCUGAAAUGGGGCGUGGGGCUCCAUCUCACUGAGAUGAGAAUCGGAACAAUUGGAAGGAGUCAAACAAUGCGGACAUAAUUUGUCUCAAGAAAGACUGCCGGAGUGCUUGAAAUGCUUUUUAUUUAGAAUAGUACAAAAAUGGAAAAAGAAAAAGGAAGGGAUGGUGAAAUACCAGACCCAGAAAACUCUUUGGGCUUUUCUGAACAGUUUAAUCAGCUUGAAUUGUUGGAAACCCAUGGACACCUGAUUCCCACUGGUACUCAGAGUCUCUGGGUAGGCGAUUCUGAUGAAGAUGAGGAGCAAGAGGAAAAACAUGAAGAGUGGUAUCAAUUGCAAGAGAAAAAGAUGGAAAAAGAUCCAAGCAAAUUGCUUCUUUGGGCUGCUGAAAAAAAUCGGCUUGCUACAGUGCAGAGACUACUUUCUGAGAAGGCCACUGAAGUGAACACUAGGGAUGAAGAUGAGUAUACCCCUCUUCACCGAGCAGCCUACAGUGGACACUUAGAUAUUGUUCGUGAACUAGUGGCUCAGGGGGCAGAUGUUCAUGCAGUGACUGUGGAUGGCUGGACACCACUGCACAGUGCUUGUAAGUGGAAUAACACCAGGGUGGCCUCUUUCUUACUUCAGCACGAUGCAGACAUCAAUGCCCAAACAAAAGGCCUCUUGACCCCUUUGCAUCUUGCUGCUGGGAACAGAGACAGCAGGGACACCCUGGAACUCCUCCUGAUGAAUCGCUACAUCAAACCAGGGCUGAAGAACAACUCACAAGAAACUGCUUCGGAUAUCGCCAGGAGGACAGGCAUCUAUCACUACCUCUUCGACAUCGUGGAAGGCUGCACAAACUCUUCACCUCCCUCUUAAGGGCUCUAGUGAUUUUCGUAAGCUCCAAAGUACCAGUGCCUCCUACGUAUGAGAUGUAAAAUACCCCAUAUACAGAGAGCAGAUGGCUCACUACAGACAUUUUGUUGUGUGCAUCACAGUUUUCUUUCAGGUGACCUGCCCAAUCUUGAUGUCAGAUGUAUUUGAGAGGUUUUAGAUGCAUCUGUGGUGAAUGAUGCAGAGCUUAUGAUUUUUAUCAGAGGUAACUUUAGCUGGACAUGAGUAAUACAGAAGCUAAGGAUAUUUUUUUGGUGCUGAUCCAAGAGAAAAGUAUUUUUAAAUAUCCCAUGCCCUGGGUCUUUGUUCAAUGUUUAGCAUACUGACUUGUAUUUUUAUAAGCUAAGAUGACUCCAGAUUUUCAUCUUCCACUGGUGCGGCUCCGCUGUCUUCUCUGCAUCUCCAGCUGCUUUCAUUCUAAACAGGAAACACUAACAAAUUAGUGACUUACACCUUUGGAAGUUUCAAAAAAUAGUGGAAAAUGUUUUGUAAGAUGUAGGCCAUGUGGAGGAAAGCAGUUAGGGAGAUGUCUAAUCCUUGAAUGUUGUACACUGCCUCCCCCACCACAUUCCUCAUAAUCCUGUGGACAGUCCUACCUCACCCUGGUCGACCCAUGUGAUCCUUAUUGUUAUGACCAGUCAGUGUCUCCACUUAGACAUGCACAAAACUGUACCUUGGUCCAGGAGAUUAAAACUGCCCUCCGAGGGUUCACCUGUCUCUCUUCCUGCUGGGUUGGGCACUCCUUACCUAGACUCAUGAGUUCCAGGAAAUGUCCACCACUACCCCCACAGCCCUCAUUUUCUACAAGCCAUGACAAAAGGACAAGGACUUGGAACAGUGAGGAGUGAUUAUUACAGAGGACAGAACGACAAGAGGCUCAGGCUUUCUUAGAAAAACAGGCAGUAUGGAUAGUGACACGUGUAUAGAAAUAGAGUAUGAGCUCUGACACUACAGGAGGCGUGAAUUCUUUUUUAACUUGCAUAUAACUUCACGGGAUCUGUGGCACAUUUGUUCAAACUACAUUAACUUUUUUCCUCCUGGUGCCUGCAACAUAGUUUGUGAUGGACUCCCUAGCCCCUCUAUUCCCAAAGGGUCUUCUCACUUGAGUCCUAGGGAAAGGCCACUGGGGCUUAUCCUCAUUGUCAACUCAGACUCACCUAGGAGAUGCACCUCUAGCAUUUCUGAAAGGGAGUUUCUAGAAAGAUUUAACUGAAUCGAGAAUACAUACCCAGAUGUGGAUGGCACCAUCACAUGGGCUCAAGUCCCAGAUUAAAUAAAAAGGAGAAAGC